AUGGAUAUAUUUGCUAUAUUAAGAAGAUUACCAGAAAUCGUUGCCUAUAAUAAAUUCGAUGAUGACAUAUACGACAGAUUAAAUUAUGCUCAUACGGUGGUCAUAUUAACGGUGUUUGCCAUUAUUGUUACAAAUAGACAAUUUAGUGAAAAUCAAAUCAAAUGUUGGGUACCAGCUCAGUUUACGGGUAAUUAUGAGUCGUAUGUGAAUCAAAUAUGUUUUAUAACAAAUACCUAUAGUUUUGAUAUGCAUGAAACGAUACCUGAAGAUGAUCAAUUACGCCAUGAACAUGAAUUAAAAUAUUAUCAAUGGACACCAUUUAUCUUGUUAUUAAUGGCCAUACUAUUUUAUGUUCCUCAUCAAUUGUGGCGUGGUUUAAGCUUGAGAAGUGGUGUGGAUCUUAAAGAUUUAAUUGAAGCAGCAAGCAAUUAUCGUUCGUCAGCAUCACGUCCAGCUGAUAAAAUUAAAUUAUUAGAUUACAUUUGUAAUUGGGUAAAUGGGUACUGUUCAAAUGCUUAUCGGACAUCGAUACGUAAUGUCCACACCUUUCAACAACAUUCCGAAAAGAAACAACAUCGUUAUACAAAGAUAAUUAGACGAGUUAAACAGGUACUAAAAUAUUUAUUGUUCCCAGUUGGUAUUUACACAGGCAAUUAUCUCGUUAUCAGUUAUUUAUUUAUUAAAUUUCUCUAUUUUCUUAAUUCAAUUGCGCAAAUUCUUCUGUUGAACGCACUACUUGGAAGACAAUUUUGGUAUUAUGGCAUCGAAUUAAUUCAUCGAUAUUUGACAAAACAAAUUGGACUUUUAUAUACGGGUUCAGAAUAUUUUCCAAAAGUUGUUUUAUGUGACUUUAAUGUUCGCGAACCGAAUCAUCCAAAAGAGAGUCAUCGAUAUACCGUGCAAUGUGUGCUUCCGUUUAAUUUAUUCAAUCAGCAAAUAUUCACCUAUUUAUGGUUUUGGCUUGUUUUAUUAUCUGUAUUUAAUGGUUUUUCGAUAAUAAUCUGGCUGUAUCGUAUGUCACCAUUCAAUAAUCUUCAAUAUCUCGAACGUCGUUUACCAAAAUUAGAUGAAGCUGAAACACGGCACGUGUUCGUCUAUCAAUAUUUACAAGGUGAUGGUACAUUCAUGUUACGUUUAAUAGCGUCGAAUGUUAGCGAUUAUGUUUGUAAUAAAGUUGUUUGCGAAGUUUAUAAAACAUUUAAAGCUGCCUCUGAAUCUGGGACAGCUGAACAGCAAACAAUUACAAAACGAACAAAAGCGCUGGAUGACAACGAUUUAGAUGACGAUCGCGAACACAAAUCUCAUCCACCAUCCGAAAGUCAACGAAGUUCUACAGAGAGUGGUGGUGAUCAACAACGUCGAAUAGAUCGACCCAUUUUUACACGAUCUGUAGGAUAUUUACCAACAGAAAAUGCGAAUGUUGAACAUUCUUCAUCAACAAUGGAGAGUGGACGAGAAAUUUUAAAACCGUUACCAGUUCCACGAACUGGAAAACUAUCUAUCGAACGUGAAACGAUUGUUCCAAUGUUAUCUAGCUCAAUAACUCAUUCGCCUUACUUCAGCUCGUCUGAAUAUAGUGAUAAUUCUGACAGUUUAGAUGCAACAAGAGUUCCCUACAGUACCAUUCAACCACGAAAAGACGAACCACAAUCCACUCCAAAACUGAGGCAUCGAAAUGGAACACCGCUUAAACAAGAUGAAUCCCCGACGGAUGACCAAUCAUCAAUAGGUCAAAUUCGUCGUAUGUCAGAUACUCAAAUAGAUCAAAAUAAUAAGAAAAAUGUUGAAUUUUAUGUUGAUGCUUCUACUAAUAUUGCUGCUACUAACAUACAGCCACCUAUACAGCCUUCACGUACAACGAUACCUACACCCUAUGCCACAACAUACCUUUCAUCAAAAACAAAAAACUUAUCAAUACGUAGUGACUCUGAAAUGCCUUACAUUGAUGAUAGUAUCGCCAGUUCCUCAUCUGCUCGAUCAACAACAUUAGCUACUAGAACAAGUAUACAAGAACCUCAACGAAUCAUAUCAUUUCCAGGUUUUACUCGUAGUCAUGAUGUGUGA